AUGCUCAAGCCGUCCUUCGCGACGAAGAGGAGCCACCCUACUCCAUCGGUUCGUGCUCGAAGAUUCAUAGUAACACGCAUUGACGCCAGCACUAAAGACCACAACCCGCCGCCGCGACCCCAAAUCCGUCAGCUCCGCUCCUUCGACAAAGUCCGUCCAGACUCUCCUCCCACCCCACCGGCCUCGUCCCCGCCGAUUCUACAGGCCCCGCCUCCCCACCACGCUCGCCGCCAGAGCGAGACAACCAGCGCCGGCCCUCUACGCCGACGCCUCACAAGCCCGGCUUCUUCGACAGUAGAAACGUCAACGGAACACGCAACGGCGGGUCCACCGAGCCCGAACGCGGAGAGGGACAAGUUGCGGAGAGUCACACCCCCAGAGAGACUCCUUCCCAGCCCUCCGCUUACAGAGGAGAGUCAGUCACACCCAGUCCCCGCCGACCGCCCCCCAAGCUCAGACGGCGGGUCUCACCAGCAUCAGGCUAGCAUUACGUCUAGCGAGAACGGUAAAGAUGAGAUUGCGAAGCCUGAACACAUAUCACCCCCUAGAGGUAUCUGGCAAUGGGCAAGGGCGGGUACUCGGUUGAACAUGCUUGGACGGAUACCGCACCCACCAACGAUGACCCUGAAAGCAGCAACCACCGCAGUCAACGGAGCUUUAGAAGGAGGCAAGGCUGUUACCAAAGACGACUUCAGCGUUCCAUCUACCGUGUCAACGCAGCCGCACAACGAAGAGCGACUGGAAGAAGCCGCGGCUGCCAAGAUGGAAGGCCUGGGCAUCGCGAAUAGCACUGUCGAGCAGCAUUCCUUAUUCACUCAGACCAAAAGGUCCUCAGACGACCUCGUUGCGUCUAUGAACGACACGCCUUCGCCUCAAGCCAGGGAAUGGACGAAUGGCGACGACGUUGAAGACGUUACCGCUAAUGGUGUCCCCAUCGAGCCCAUUACACCAUCACCUGCUUCACGCAAAGCCCAAACGAAUGGCGUCAUGUCUGAGAACACGCCUAGCCCGCACCGCAUUGCCAAGUACAAAAUCGCACUCGCUUCACACAUACUCUCGCCUUCUCGCGUUAUUUCGUAA